CAUAUCAAACACAAAAAUUAAUCAAUCAAAUUCUGUCACUAUGAAUCCAUCUCCUUCAAAGAGCAAGAAGAGGCAAAGCCAACAAGACACAAGCAACAACAAUGGCGGAAGAUUCCUGGGAGUUCGAAGAAGGCCAUGGGGAAGAUACGCAGCAGAAAUAAGAGACCCUUCAACUAAAGAAAGACAUUGGUUAGGCACAUUCGAUACAGCCGAGGAAGCUGCUUUAGCUUACGACAGAGCUGCUCGCUCCAUGCGUGGCUCUCGAGCUCGAACCAACUUCGUUUACUCCGAUACUCCCGCCGGUUCUUCUGUUACUUCCAUUAUCUCCCCCGACGAUCAGCAGCUACAGAUAAUGUCAUUACAGCAGCAAGAACAGCAGCGUACCAUGUUUCUUGUUCCUGAUCAGUCUCAUUUCCAGACCGAACCAGCUCAGCCCGUGUUUAACCAGCUUCAAGAAUUUAACUUCUCCGAGGGAUUUUCUUGGGAUUGUUCGAGUUCUAUUCAGCAAUGCCAAGAACAAGAACGAGAACGAGAACGGCCCGUUAUUACUAACGAUGAGCUUCCUCCAUUUCCUUCUGAUUUGUCUAGCAUGAACAUGAUGACUCAGUACGAUAAUUCGAGUUACGAAAUGAGUCAAGGUUUAUAUGGAUUUGACGACCAAUCUACGAUGACGAAUGGGUUCGAUUUCGGGUUUGACUCGGGUGAGUAUGUUCAUAGUCCUAUGUUUAGUAGGAUGCCGCCAGUAUCAGACAGUGAGGUUAAUCAAAGUGGUUUUGGUUUUGGUUUGGGUUCAUCGGGUCAUUUCUUCUAAUCAAGAUUACUAUAUUAAUUAAACUUGUUUUGGAUAAUUAUCAAUAUUUAAUGUUUUAUGUUUUGAUGGUUUGUGAUGGUGGUGGUGGUGAGAGUGAGAAAACAAAGUUUUAAAUUUGAGUUGUCUGUAAGUAUAUAAUUAUUCACUAAACAAAAUGUUGGGAUGAUUUAUAAAUA